AUGCGGGAGGUCGUCGCCGUCGACCAUCUCGCGUGCGUCAACGCCUACUACUCCAGCAUGCGCGUCUCGCUGCAGAGUCUCCGCGCUCCGAUCGAGCCCUACGCCCGGGCGUCGACGUCGAAGAAGCGCAAGCGGUCGAAAGCGGCAUCGUCGCACAACCCCGAGCCGCCGCCGCCUGCGUUGCUCGCCCACUUGGAGGAAGCGCGCUUGCUUGUCCUCGACGCCGUUGUCGCCCAGGCCACGCCGCUGGCGCUCCCCGUUCUCGAGCGCAUCGACCCCAUGCCGCAGUUGCUGGCCGCCUCGGAUGGCCUUGCCGCCAACGACACGGACGACGAUGGCCUCGUCAUGCAGGAGGGCCACCAGUUCCUUUUGCCGCGCCGGUCGACGUACUUUCUCGGCGACGUUCGGAGCGUCCAGGCGGUUGAUUUGCCGCGUCCGUUCCGCCUCAUUGUGAUCGACCCGCCAUGGGAUAACAAGAGCGUCGCCCGCAAUGGCACGUACGCCACGAUGCACGAAGCCCACUUGCUUCCGCUGGCGCCGUUGCUCUCCGAGUCGAUGGACCCGGCAGGCUGCAUCGUUGCGAUCUGGGUCACCAACAAGCCGGCGUACAUGACGUUUCUUCUUGACGCGCUGCUGCCGGCGAUGGGCAUCGACUCGUCGUGCCCGCGUGCCAUGUGGACGUGGCUCAAGGUCGCGACGACGGGCGAGCCCGUGACGCCGCUCGCGUCGACACACCGCUUGCCGUUUGAGCGCCUUGUCGUGGCCGCGCGAGGCCCCGCCGCCUUUUGCGACGCCUUCCGCGCACUUCCCGAGCAGACACUCGUGAGUGUGCCACUGCGCCAUUCGUGGAAGCCGCCCAUCGACCACCUUUUCCCGUCCACUCUUUUGCCAUCGGCUGCAUCCAAGCUCGAGCUCUUUGCCCGCGAACUUCGACCGUACUGGACGUCGGUCGGCAACGAGGUGCUCAAGUUUCAAGACUUGCGCCUCUUCACGCUGGCGGCCGACGACGACGACAAGGGUGCUCUGCGCGAUGCGAGCCUCGCGCUAGACGACAGCGAGGACACGUAA